AGCCUCUCUGGGAGUGGAGUGGCGAGGCCCCGUGGGUUUUGUGGGACUAGGCGGAGCAGCCGCGAAGGAGUCGUGCCGCCCGCAGUUCCGGCCCCCCACAUCCAGCUCUCCAGCUCCUCUUGGCUGGUUGUGCACACACCUGGUCCAGCCCAGGGAUCCAAACCCUCAGCUGGCAUGUGGCCUCCAGCCUCCUGGGGGACUGCAUUACUGUUGCGCCACAGCAGGAGUUGCCUUUGAUGUGGAUCCUUUGAACUAGAAGGACAUCUACAGGACACCACCUGACAAAUGGAGGCAACCCACAUCUCAUCUGGAUUUAAUAGACUUUGAAACUGAAGAUAGUCAUUUGACAAUACUUAAUUGCAUCUGGGGCAAGCUCUCUCUCCCAGCCUGUGUGUAUGUAACUUGAGGACAAUGUGGAUCUGGAUACUGUGUGUGUUCCCAUUACUCUACAAAUUCAGCCUGGCAGUUCUGCCAGCUAAGCCUGAGAACAUUUCAUGUGUAUUAUACUAUAAUAAAAAUUUAACUUGCACUUGGAGUCUGGAGAAGGAAACCAAUUACACAGUUAAAAGAACUUACCUUUAUGAAGAAGCACAUGAUAAUUGUACAACCCAUGGUUCUACAAGUGAAAAUCGAGCUUCGUGCUCUUUUUUCCUUCCAAGUAUAGCAUACCCAGAUGAUUUCUACAUUGUAGUGGAAGCUCAAAAUGAAGAUGGUAUAACCAGAUCUGAUAGGACACAUUGGAGCUUAGAUGCCAUAAUAAAAACUGAACCACCUGUGAUUUCUAUUGUGAAACCAGUUUUGGGUAUCAAACGAAUGGUUCAAAUAAAAUGGAAGAAGCCCAUGUUGGCACCUGCUUCGUCCAAUUUAAAAUACAUGCUUCGAUUCAGGACAGUCAAUAGUAGCCACUGGAUGGAAGUCAACUUCACCCAGCACUAUGAGAAUACAGACCACACCUACAACCUCACGGGGCUGCAGGCUUUUACAGAGUAUGUCAUAGCUCUGCAGUGCGCAGCUGAGGAUUCAAUGUUCUGGAGUGACUGGAGCCAAGAAAAAAUUGGGAUGACCGAGGAGGAAGCUCCAUAUGGCCUGGAUCUGUGGAGAGUUCUGAGACCAGCUGAGACAGAUGGAAGAAGGCCAGUGUGGUUGCUGUGGAAGAAGGCAAAAGGAGCCCCAGUCCUGGAGAAAGUACUUGGCUACAGCAUAUGGUACUUUCCAGAAAACAACAUGAACCUCACAGAGACAGUGAACACCACUAACCAGCAGAUCAAACUGCAUCUGGGUGGCGAGACUUACAACGUGUCUGUGAUUUCUUAUAAUUCUCUUGGGGAGUCCCCAGUGGCUACCCUGAGGAUUCCAGCAAUCCAUGAAAAGCCAUUUCGGUGCAUUGAAGUCAUGCAGACCUGCCGUGCUCAGGACCAGCUGGUGGUGGAGUGGCGCAGUUCUUUUCCAGAAGUGGACACAUGGAUGGUUGAGUGGUUUCCAGAUUUGGACUCAGAGCCUUCUGCUGUUUCCUGGGAAACUGUGUCUUGGGCCAGGAACUGGAGCAUCCAUCAAGAUAAAUUAAGACCUUUAUGGUGUUAUAACAUCUCUGUGUAUCCAAUGUUGCAUGACCAAGUGGGCGAGCCAUAUUCCAUCCAGGUUUAUACCGAAGAAGGCUCUCCGUCAAAAGGUCCCGCAACCAAGGUGGAGAACAUUGGUGUGAAGACAGUCACAGUCAUAUGGAAAGAAAUUCCUAAGAAGGAGAGAAAUGGUAUCAUCAGGAACUAUACCAUAUAUUACCAAGCUGAGGAUGGAAAGGAAUUCUCCAAGACAGUCAACUCCAGCAUCCUGCAGUAUGACCUGGAGUCCCUGACACGAAAGACCUCUUACUCUGUAAAGGUCAUGGCCAGUACCAGUGCUGGAGGAAAAAAUGGGACCAGCAUAAGCUUUAAGACAUUGUCAAUCAUCUCUUUUCCCAAAGGUAUCUUUGAGAUUUUCCUUAUAACUUCUCUGGUUGGAGCAGGCCUUCUCAUUCUCAUCAUCCUGAUGGUGGCAUAUGGUUUCAGAAAACCCAACAAAUUGACUCACCUAUGUUGGCCUGAUGUCCCCAACCCUGCGGAAAGUAGUAUAGCCUCAUGGCGUGGAGGUGAUUUCAAGAGUAAGCUAAAUCUGAAGAAAUUUGAUGACUCUGUGAACACUGAAGAUGACAGACGCUUAAAAUCAUGUUCUUCCCCCCAUGACCUUAUUGACAAGCUGAUAGUGAACUUUGGGAAUUUUCUGGAAGAGGUUUCCAUAGAAGAAUCUGGAAAGGGUCAGGAAAACAUUUUGGGAGGGGAAAAGAAUGAGUAUGUGACCUCUCCGAACAGGGCUGACUGCCCCACAGGGAAGAGUUUUGAGGAGCCCCCAGUUUCAACUGAGAUUUCUACCAAAAAAUCCCAGCACUCAUGUUCAGAAGUGCCAGAAGAGACCUGCUUGGAGGCCGAAGAGCAACUUCUCUCUGGCAGCAGUGUAGAGCCUGACCAAGUAUGUGAGGAAGGAGAACCAACUCCGUAUCUGAAAAAUUCUGUGACAACCAGAAAAUUUCUUGUGCCUGAAAAGCUUGCAGACCACACCAAGAGAGAAGUCUAAAUGUUGCCAUGAUGCGAGACCCCCGGAGUUUCAGUGUGGAUGGCGCUUGCUGGGAGAAGAUUUAAGACUUGGCAAGAAGCUUUUCCUGCCCAUUCCUCAUCCUGUCUGGGUUAAAAAUAGACCACCUGGUCCUCUCUCCCCUCCUCCAGUUGCUAGUUGAGCUUAGGUGGCACAAAUGUGACCUCCUGCUGAGAAGAAGAGGGAUGAUGACAAGCCUGAGUGCUUUGCAGAGGACAAGCAACUUCUCUUUUGUUCAGAUGACAAACUCUCACUGAGGCCUACUGACAGAUGGACUUCAAAGGAAGGACCCAGGUUCUGGGCCCAGAGGACCCCUGGAUGGACAUAGCUUGGUAUCUCAGGAGUUAUGUCAUGGUCACAGCCUUUGUACUUUGGAGGUACUCUUCAGAAUUGCAGGAGACACCUUCCUUGUUGCCAGUGGAAAGUUAUUUUAGCUGGUACUUGAGUGGUCCAGGGGGAGCCUGGGCUCUGAGCUCCCCCUCCAAGAUAGCCCUAAAAUCUUAUACCCCCUCAACACAGGGGCCUGGGGAAUGCCUAAGGCUUCUCAUAAUCCUUAGCAGAUAUCCAGUGUCUGCAGCAUGCCCAACUAGGACUCCUCACCCUAGUUCAUGGCACACUGACUGCUAAUACAUCAAGGCAUGAGGCAGGUCCUUGUGGGUACUGGGAAUGGACUCUCGGCUGGACAGCAGGUCUGUGCCUGUCUCCAGGCCAUUUCCCAGCCUGCACUGCUCUUGUGUCCUGUAUCAAGCCUGGGUUUAGGGAGAUACCAAGUGCUAUGUAGGGACUCUGGCCCCUCAUACUGGCCCAGAGCCCAGGAAUGCUUACUGAAUACACCCUUAAAAGGUCUCUUUCCAGAAGGAGCUGAGCAGGCCUGGACCCUGCAGUUACCAGCCUUGCUGGUCUAACACAAGGGCAUCUGCUCCUGUACUCCAGCUAAGUACAGGGCUUAUGACAAGUAGUGGGGCCUUCACGUGCUAACCUGGGUCAGUGGGCAGACCCUGUGCACUGUGUAUGGCACGAGGUUUGUGUUGGGGCCACAGGGAUGAGUCAGCUCUGUCUCCAUCAGACGGCUGUGAGAAGAGACUAGGAGUGGUGAGAUAAAGGGCAGACUGGGCAGUGAGUGAGUGGUCAUCAUACAGUGAACCCCUCACCUGCCUGCCAAGAUGGUGGAUGACGGUUUUUCUAGGAGAGUUUGAGAAAGUCAGUGUUGUGUUGCAGGCAUGAACUUACGUGCAAAAACAUCACUGUGCUUUCCUGUAACUAAAAUGAAUUGCUGUCUUCAAACCCUGACAUUUUGAAGUGACCCUUGCCCAGUGUGGUGGUGUCUGAGCUGCUUUGGCCUUGUCACAGUCACAUUUGGGAUCUGGCCUCCCCUGUCCUGCCAGGACUGAUUCUGAGCACCAAGGGAUAUUCAAAGGAGCAGUGUCUGUCGGCAGAGUCAGCGCCUCAGUGUGGUCCUCUGGCAUCAUGUAUUUGUCCAGCCAUGGUUUUGUUACUGGUCUCCUCUGUCCCUGUGGUCCCACUUGUCCCUGUGGGUCAUCUGCCACUCUCCACAGCUAACUGUCAUGUCCCACUGUGGGUACAGGAAGGUGUAGCUGCUGUCCCAAAGCUCCCUUCUCAUUACGUCUGAAUGGGAGUCCUUGUUAUAUCUCACGUGACUGCAGCCUCCCUCCCCCAGCCCCCUCACCCUUAGGAUAAAUCGGGCAUGAGAGCAGCCCCAGGACAGGGGACUAGGGAGCGGAGCUCCAGGUCAGUCCUGUCCCUUUGUCCUGUAUAACCUGGGUAGUAGAAGGCACCAAACCCAAGGGAUACCCCAGGUUCCUACAGCUGCCCGUGGUACCUUCCCCCAGGCCCACUGCUGUGGUGGGCAUGUCUGGAAGCCGCCUGUUCAGAGUCCCAGACAAGGUCCUUGUCCUCCAUUAACUUUGUGAGCCGAUGAGAGACUCUAACCCAGCCUCCCAUCUUGGCUCCAGGAAGUGGGAAGGCACAAGUGCUCUCACAGCCCUUCUCCCUUCCCUUGACCCUCCACGGGGGGAAUCUUCUGGAAUCCUAUGGAAGGUGGAUGGGAGAGGGAGUAUCUAAAAUGAGGCUUCUCAAGCUUGUCUGUCACACACAUGGAUGAGGCUUCUGCAUCUAAAGUCCAACAGAAAUGUGAUGGCUGGGGAUAGAGGAGGAUCCCAGUGACCUGGGUGAGUGGAUUUCAGAGGCGAAGAUGUUCUUCUGUCCUGCCCCCUCACUGAAGCCACCACUCCACCCUUUCUUGGUUUCCUUGCCUCUUCCCUUUUCUCACUCUCUUUCUUACCCUGUCUUCUGCUUCUCUCAUUUCCCCAUCACUCCCAGAGCUGCUUCUCUUUAUUUUUAAGAGUUUUUUUGCCACAGGGUGUGUACGUUCCCCAGGGAGAGAGAAAGUAUCGAGAGAGAGAGACAGUUUUUCCCACAAAGCCUGAAAAGCGGGAAAGUGAGCAGCCACAAUCUCUUCUCCUCCGUUCUUCCCCCGGGAUCCUGGACACACACGUACACACACCCGGUAUGAUUUUCAAGUCAGCAGGUGCGGGACUUGAACUUCAGUAGGCCAUGAGAGAGUUCAGCAGGGUAAUCACUAUGCUGCCUGCCUUCUUUUUAACUCUUCCUCUUUUUCCUUGUUUCUUUUCAUUUCUUCCCCUUUCCUGUCAGCCUUCUUUGAUCAUUUUCAUUUCCUUUGCUAUUGCUGAGGGGCAGAAGACCACAGCUCUGUUGUUCUGGAUGGCCCUGACCAGGUGGUCUUUUCUGAAGUAAGAGGUGCUGUUUACACACAUAGCUCUCUCAGAGUAGGGUCACAGGACAUGGAACUCAAAGCUCUGAAGCCACUGGUGACUUCCUUUCCUGGAUCUGGUCACCAGCUGUCCCAUCCCAGUGCCUGAGCCACCUCUGUGGCUGGAGAAGGCCUUCAGU